AAGCUGAACAGGUGAAUAGUUUCGUGAAGAAAUGGAAACGACAGUGUUUACCUUUCCACUGUGAUGGCCAGUUCAUGGCAAGAGUUACUACGAAUCGCGCUACUUCACCUAACCGUUUUACUUCCUGGCUACGCGAGUCCGGGAGAGGUUCGAUGCCUGCAAAAUGAGCGAUUUUACAGAGAUCCGGAGCGGCCGGCGCACACGGUCUGGACCGGACAAGAGUGCUCCAAGUACUUCCUAUGCUUAGACGGCGACGUAUUUGAGUUCCGCUGCUCGGAUGGUUUAUUAUUUGACGUAAUUCGUCAAAUUUGCGACUUCAAAGUUAACGUUGAUAACUGCGACAUAACUGCAGAGCCGAGAAUUCCACCACCGUUAUUGGAAAGGGCUAACUGUACAAAAGGGGAGCAACUGGGUUGCGCUGACGGGACCUGCUUACCCCAAGACUACUUCUGUGAUGGUUCCAUCGAUUGUGCGGACGGAAGUGAUGAACAGUACUGUGAUCCCUCCACAGAUCCGUACGAAGCAACGUUGUGUAACGAGACCACAUGCACCCUUCCUAAUUGCUUUUGUUCCAUAGACGGGACCACCAUACCAGGCCGAUUACACCCAUCCGAAGUACCCCAAAUAAUUACCCUAACAUUCAACGACGCCAUCAAUUCCGAAAACUGGGAGCUGUACAAUCGACUUUUUCCGGCGAACAGAAGAAAUCCAAACGGCUGCCCAAUUAGCGCCACUUUCUAUAUCAGCCACCAAUUCAACAAUUACUACUACACUCAGAACCUGUGGAAGCGGGGACACGAAAUUUCCGUACAUUCAAUAACUCAUCGCGGACCGGAAGACUGGUGGCCGUAUAACGCGACGUUAGAGGAUUGGUUUGACGAAAUGGUAGGGCAGGCGAAUAUUUUGAACAAAUUUGCGAACAUACCCCUGCACGAACUUCGAGGGAUGAGAGUGCCGUUUUUGAAGGUCGGUUCUAGUCGACAAUUUUUAAUGAUGAAGGAGUUCGGAUUUGUGUACGAUAGUUCGAUGGUUGCGCCUUUCUCACACGCGCCCUUGUGGCCUUACAGUUUGGACCACAAAAUACCACACCAGUGUGCAGAAAGUAACCAGUGUCCCUUGCGUGCAUAUCCAGGAGUAUGGGAGCUUGUGUUGAAUGAGUUAUCAGUGAACAAUCGCACGUGUGCUUUUAUAAAUUCGUGCUCUGGUAAUUUUACAGUUGAAAGUCUGUACAAAACUCUCAUGCAAAAUUUUAAAAGGCAUUACUUUACCAACCGGGCGCCUUUUGGAUUGAACUUUCAUUCCUCUUGGUUUCAAAAACCCGAGCAUCUAAUAGCAUUUGAGAGAUUUCUGGAUGAAAUGCUUACACAACCAAACGUUUGGUUUGUAACAAAUUGGCAAGCACUUCAAUGGAUCCAGAAACCAACACCACUCAAACACCUACACAAUUUCCCAGCAUGGAAUUGCAAAGACAUCUCGGAUGAGAUUUGCGAGACACCAAACGUAUGCAAACUUAACAAUCGAAUAUUACAGCAAGAAAGGUAUUUAUACACCUGUAGUGACUGUCCAAAUUCCUAUCCGUGGAUUAGAAACGAAUUUGGCAGAGAAUAGCAGUUACCGCACGAUCUAUUUAUUAAUGUAAAAAAAAAUAUUGUUACAUUCUUAUUAAAUUUUAUU